GUACCAGUCCCGUUUAGGACAGGUUUAGCGACGCUUAGCGGUGCUCGGAUCCCUGCAGGUGAACUCGAACUUUUAGAAUUGAGCAGCCCUCUCAGUACACACCUACGUUCUGUAUGGGAGAGAGUAGUGGCACUGGCAGACACAACGAUGAAAAGCUAAAAAGUGGUAUGUGGUGUUGUUUCCCACCCUGUUGGGAGCCUAGUUCGGCAUUAAUGCUAACAGGUCACUACCUGGCACUACGCACUCAUGUUUUCUGCCAGGAAAUCCGCAGCCGUUUGGCUUUUCCUUGCCUUUGAACGGGUUCUGACUGCACAGACACCUCUGUCGAGUCAUGCGCCUUUAUCCUUUUACCAGGGGGUCGAAAAUGAUCUUGGACGAUGGGAUCUUGGUGAAGCGCCUGCGGUGAACGCGACAGGACAUCUGGUGUUCGAAACGGCCAAUUCCCUGCUUCAACACUGGGCAAACACACGUUAUCGUAUUGGUCAUACAAUAGUCCCAGGGACUAUUCCCGUAGGCACUCUCCUCUACCAUGGAGCCAUCACCGGGUGCUGGCACCUCACCCUUACAGUCACUCGGCCGAUGAAAGUACUUUAUUUUGACGGAAAUAGCGCUGCGAACCUCCCCGAGGGCACCAUGGACACCCAAGAUCUCGUGGCGUGGUCGGAAAUGAAACCCGAGUGGCUGAACCAUGAAAAGCAGCGCAUUAUGGAUCUGUGUAAAUGGGGUCAGAAAUAUGGUGUGAAUGGCUUUGUGAGUGAAAUCAUGAUCUGCGACUUCAACUCUCACAUGGAGGUCGUUUCGUUCUUAAAUCUCGAGAGCACUCGCAUUGGGGAAUGCAUUCUGCUUCAUGGCGCGAAAAAUUAUCCAGGAGAAACCCGGAUUGUGCUUGAUUUUUCUGGGCUAAUCUCUUUCUAUGACACCGCUCUUGUUCCCUCCUUGGUGCCGCGUCGUGUAGGUUUGGAGCGGUGGGACCAUCGAGUGGGAGGAAUAUCAUCAGGGGAUAUAGAACGUGUCCAAGACAGGCUAGCUCAAGCGUUGGUACGACCACCCAUGUCAACCAGUGGCAUUGACUGGAAGACCGUCUUGCGUGUGGUGGCUGAUCGAUAUGCCAGCCGCCUGGAUAUGUUGCAGUACCUUUUGAACAUGACGUUGGAAGAUAGGUCGAUCUUUGACCACGCGCAACAAGUCCAGAGACGACUGCGCACUGUACUUUUGCCCUAUACUCUGUUUGCAGCUCGACCUUCUAAUACCAAUACGUCUGUCACUGGCAACGCGACAAAUUCGUGGGCUGCACCAGUUUUUCGUGAAUGUGCUACAUCGCACACGACCUCCAUAGAAGCUCAUGGAACAACAUUGAUGCCCUCUGAACAUUUACUCCUGCAGGCGGUGCGGGAAACUACGCGUGAAAUAUGCCGCGUUGCCACAAAGAUGUGGGCUUCUGGAUUGAUUGUUGGAGUCGACCCUUUCUAUCCUCCAGAACAAUUCCCAGAAGCUGAUCACAUACAUACUCUCAUGGGCGAAUGGAAGGAAGAUGUGACACGGUUAAUCUCCUGGUUAGACUGGAGCGUGUGGGUGAAGUGCCGACCGGCCUGUGGUAUCGAGGAGAUGUGCUACUUGCCUACUUGGCCCUUUGGGUUUUUCCCGCCUCCUGGUGAUGAAGACGAUGCUCCACCAUUUCAGGACAGUGCUUCCUUAUGGCCAGACCCAAACAAAGGGGAAUGGAAGAGACCACAACCCAAGUGCAUCAGACGGCUGGAGCCAUAUGGUUUUUAGGAUAUAAGAUUCACAUGCACUAUAGCUGAUCACGUCUUUGAGCUUUAGUCCUUGUAAAAUUAUAGUUUAAGCGUGCGCGACGUGUGUACUUUUCUUACCCGACACAGGCUCAGCCAUGCUCACCUUCGGAAAUUGCCAUGUUUCUAUGCUCCAUACUGCAGCUGGCAGCUCUGUCGUUGUAGCGUUGAUGCAGCACUCUGUCAACAUUUGGAGAAAAGCUCAGAAAAUUGAUCUCGC